ACACAUGUAUUGAUCUUAGAUUUCGAGGUGUAGCUGCUUAGCCAAAAGUUCUGCAGGAGCUAGGAUCAGGAUCUAGGAAUAGUUAUGGAUGCUCUGCUUCCCCGGUUCCCUCUUUAAUUAUUAAAUAGUUGGACAGGAGUUCAAAUUAAGGGUGAAGUUGUUGCCUCUGGGAACAUAUUCUUGGAACUCGGGACUGUUUUGUGAAAAAAGUUUGCAUGGCUAGCAGUGGGAUCAACUCAGCAAUAGAAACGCUCCAGGUAUUACCUGUACACGAGAAGCUUUGGGAGAAGAAUCGGCAAUUAUUUGCGGUUACCAAUCGUGUAUUUCAACAUGAAACAGUUCGAAACAGGAGGGAAUCUCUGAAAAAGGCUGAAUCAUCUGUGAUGCUAUCUCAAAGAGCUGCUACUUUAGCAAAAACUGAAGCUCUAAUUCAGGUGAACAAAGAACAUAUUGAAGUAAUUUCACAAAAAGAAAAAGCUAUAGCUGAGGGACAAGCUGUAAUUCAGGUUCUCAAAGAACAGAUUUCUAAGAAAGACACUGAGUUAGCAGAGAAGGAUGUCUACAUUCAACAGCUGAAGGUGAAGAACGAAGAACACAUUGAUAAAGCUGUAGCCGAGAGACAAGUUGUAAUUCAGGCUCUUAAAGAACAGAUUUCCAAGAAAGACACUAAAUUAGCAGAGAAGGAUGCCCACAUUCAACAGCUACAGGAACCAACCCCUGAAAAUAGUCUUUUGCUUUCUCCAACUGAUUGGAUAAAGUCAAAAAACAUGCCUGUCAAGAUGGGUGCAACGAUUCAAAGUGUUGUUGUGGGUGAAGCAAUCUAUGUAGGUGGAGGUGAAGCCAGCAGUGAUCGCGAUAUGUGCACAGUGAUGAAGUUUGAUAUUCAAGCAGACCUUUGGACCAAACUGCCUCUGUAUAGCUUCAAGUCUUUUGCCUUGACUUCAAACACCGAUAAGCUGGUAGUGAUUGGAGGGGUAGAUCCAGAUUCUCGGAAGCGAACUGGUCAGGUUGCUGUGUUUGACUCAGAUAAGUGGAUACGUCCAUAUCCCCCGAUGUCCACUGCUAGGAAUAAUUUUACAGCACAGUUAUUCAAUUAUCACAUAAUUGUGGCUGGAGGACGCAAUGAUGAAGAUAAACGAAUUGCUUCUGUUGAAAUCUUUGACGUAAAGUUACGGAUAUGGUACUCUGCCGAGCCGCUACCUAUCCCACGAGCCUCCAUUAAGUCCUCUCUCGUGGGACAUAACCUCUACAUCAUGGGAGGAUGGGAUGCAAAUGACACACCAAGCAGUGUGGUUCACUGCAUCCAUUUGGAGAAGCUCAUUGACAGUGCCAGAGUGAAAACUAGCUCUCCAUUUGCUCUUUGGAUGACAAUCGCUGACACUCCUGUUAAACGAUCCACACCUCUUGGUGUAAACAGUUCACUUUUUGCUAUUGGUGGACGUGAUGACAAUGACAAGCCAAGCUCAUCGAUUUACUGCUAUCAGCCGCACAUCAAAGCGUGGUCAAGAGUUGGGGAUUUGUCUUCUCCUAGGUACUAUUGUACAUGCUCAUCGCUGUCGAGUGAUAAGAUUUUCGUGGCUGGGGGUCAAAGUACUUUUUUCAGUAGUAUUCUAACCCACUUCUUGAGUACCGCUGAGGUUCUCAAUUUGGCAGGUUGUAUCUAUGCUUGCUGAGCAAUUUUCUAUACAUGUAAAUAGAGAAAGUAUUAUUUUUUUGAUAUUACAAGCAUGUACACUGUAAACAUGUUAUCAUUCCUUGCUUAUACAAAAUAGCGUGUAUAAUUAUAAUUAUGUGAACAUGGUUUUCAAUGCACCUAUUGUAAAAGUCAAUUAGUGAAGUGCACCCUAUUGAAGCACAAAAGGAUUCUUUGGCAUUUGCACACUUAUAAUUAUUGAGUCCGCCCAUUGUACGUAACAGGAUGUUACACUGUGGCAAUUCCACAUACUGUACAAACAUUAAAUCUUGGAGUGUCCGGAUUAGACUUGUGUACAGUUCUAAGUUACUGAUGAAGUGCAGCCACUGUUGUCAUGGAUUCAUGUGGUUUGUGAUCUUAGUAUUAUUUGUGUGGUGGUUUGCCCUGUUAGCUGGAUGCGCUCACUGUUUGAUUGCCCCAUUUGCUGCUUGCUGUCGGUGUGCAGAAAAGGCGAUGAACUUAACAUUGAAAGUGAUCUGUUUACCGUAUCAUGUCUCUGUUUUCAUGGUGGAAGGAAAAUCGGUAAAACAAGCUGUUGUUUCUAAAGUUUUAUUUUGAACUUAUUGUUAGAAUCUGUAUCUAUAUCAACGAGACUCUAGUGAUUGCCCCAUGUGUUAAUUUUGCUGCUUAUUAAAUUGCUGAGUGUGCAGAAAAGGCGAUGAACUGUUCAUUGUAUGCAGGCAAAAAUCAGAAGCAGAAACUCAAAGAGUGGGUAAUGAAUGACCAUGAUUGUUGUUAAAAAUGAUUGAUGCCAGACACUAGAAAGUGAGUAGCAUAGUCCUAUUCGAAGCAAUGAGCCAGAAUUACACGAUUAGUCACAAACUUCCAGCUUUUGCUGCACUUUCCUUAAUUGAGAUAAAUUAAAGUGCUGACUCAGCGGGUUGGAUUUCUUCUAUGGUUUCUGUGCAUUUUACUGGAGGUUACAAAGAAAAUUAGAAGAAUCCUGACCAACCUCCACUGAUUAUCAAAAAUUGAUUUUUGUUAUUGAUUAUUGAUAUUCGAUAAUCAAUUUUUGCUAUGGAUUCGAUCAUUGAUAAUCCAUUAAAGUAGGCCGCUGAAGCCAGAGGAGGUCGGGAAUCACUUCCUUUUCGUUUUUACUGACUCAGCAGUAGCGUCUACUGUGCUUCUGCUGGUUAUUUUCAUAUUUCAGCCCUUUAAAAGUUGGGCAGCCUACCGUAAUCGUUCUAAUUAUAGAACCAGUAAUUAUUUUUCUAGAAACAAAAAAUUUAAUAUGCUAGUAUAAUUAUGGGCGUUAUAAAAGAGGGCGUCCUAACCGAGGCUGGUUCUAUAAUUAGAACGCUUACGGUAAUCACAAGUCUAUGAUUAUGGCUGAUUUAUGAGACAAUAAUAAUUAUUAUGUUUUGCACGGUUUCUGUUGCUGAACCUGUUGACAACUAGUUGCAUGUGUUUGGAGUCUGCGAUGGUUAUUGGACCAAAUAAAGUUUUAUUUUGAACUUGCUGUUAGAAUCUGUAUCUAUAUAAAUUAUCAACAAGACUUUAGAAUUACUUUGUGAUUGCUCCAUAUUAAAGCGUGUGUUAAUUUUGCUGCUUAAUUUUACUGCAUGCAGGCAGAAAUAGAGAAACUCAAAGAGUGGGUAAUGAAUGACCAUGAUUGUUGUUAAAAAUGAUCGAUGCCAGACACUUAAUUAUGUAGCAGGUGUAGCAAUGAUAGUUUUAAAAACUACCAUAGACUAACAGGAGAUGUUAAAUGCAUGCAAGAAAGAUAAACGCUCUAGAAUGCAAAAUGAGAUAAAAGUGCUGACUCAGCGGGUUGGGAUUCCUUCUAUGGUUUCCGUGCAUUUACUGUAGGAACUGGAGGUUACAAAGAAAAUUAGAAGAUUAAUUAACAAUCAUGACCAACCUCCACUGAUUAUCAAAAAUUGAUUUUUGAUAAUUGAUUCAAUUUUUGCUAUGGAUUCAUCAUUGAUGAGGCUAGCUGUGAAGCCAGAGGAGGUCAGGCACCACUUGAACUUUUAACCUUUUAAUGACAAUCCAGGCCAUUUGUUUUUACUGACUCAGCAGUAGCGGCUACUGUGUUUCUGCUGGUCUCAUAUUUCAGCCGCCCUUUAAAAGUUGGGAGGCCUAUAAUCACAAGUCUAUGUUAUAUGGCUGAUUUAUGAGACAAUAAUAUUAUGUUUCUACACGGUUUCUGUCGCUGAUCUGUUGACAACUAGUUGUGUUUGGUGUCUGCGAUGGUUAUUGGGACUAUACCCUAUCAGCACAUAAUAUAAAUAGCCACUAGCUAGAUCUAGUCGUGUUCUACUGCUGAUUCAGCAAAACGAAAAGCAAUUCGGCCUGGAAGUCAUUAAAAGGUCAUAAUUAGUAAAAAGUUCAAGUGAUGGGCGGCCUGGAAUUUACUUUGUAUCGAAGGAAUUCAAAGCAUCGAAUUAUUCCAACUCGAUUAAGUUGGGCGGCCUAUAAUCACAAGUCUAUGUUAUAAUUAUGGCUGAUUUAUGAGACAAUAAUAUUAUGUUUCUGCACGGUUUCUGUUGACAACUAGUUGUGUUUGGUGUCUGCGAUGGUUAUUGGGCCUAUACCCUAUCAGCACAUAAUAUUAAUAGCCAUACUAGCUAGAUCCAGUCGUGUUCUACUGCUGAUUCAGCAAAAACAAAAAGCAAUUUGGCCUGGAAGUUAUUAAAAGGUCAUAAUUAGUAAAAGUUCAAGUGAUGGGCGGCCUGGAAUUUACUUUGUAUUGAAGGAAUUCAGAGCAUCGAAUUAACAAGCAAAACAAUUCAAUAUACAAAAAAUGCUAUAGAAACUCUAAGUGAUCAAUCAGUAUGUGUUGAUCGACCUCCAUAAAGUUGUAAUAAAACUUCAUACUUUACUGAAAUUCAAAGUUUCAUAUACCAUUGGAACCCUUGUUAAAAAGCGCUUCUAUAUAUCUAUAUAAUUAUGCUGUAGAGCUGGUAAGCUCCAACCAGCUAAAAGCUAGCAUUUUCCAUGUAGAAGUCCCAUGGCAUACUUGCAUGUCCACUAUGCACACUAGUAAAGCAUAUAUAAAUGAAGUCAUAAUUGACUACACAACUUCCGGGGGCGAACUCAACGUGUAAUUAUAAGUCAUGCAUGUGAAAAUAGACAUCACAUAACUAUAAUUAUGACAUGAUAAUUACAUCCAAAGUAUCUACAUGUACUCAGAAAAACAUCAAUGCUUAUAAGUUGUGUUAUAAGAAAAUCGAUUAUGUACAAAUGUAUACAAUUAUACCACUAAACAAUAAGAAUAAAAGGUUACACGUACCGUAGUUUGCUAUUGACUAACUUUACUCUUUAUUUCUCAGCAGAGUCACCCAAAUACGCAUUGAAGUCCUUGACAAGAUUGUCUCUAAAAGCCUCCACAACUUGCUGGUGCUCAGGCUUUAGAAUACCAGCUUCCUUCUCCAAUAUGGCAACAGUACCUGCAGUCAUGAUAGUUAUAAUGUAGGUUCUUGCAUGUGUUAUAAUCUCACUAUAAAAUUUAUGUUCAGCUGGUACAGUGUGUGCUAUUGGGAAUCAGUGACGGAUCUAAAAGGGGGGUUCCAAGCACACUUAGUUGAGCGGGACAAAGACUCUGACAGUUUGUGCAUGCAUUAAAUCAUUGAAUUUCACCUAAAAAAAAGGUCAGCAUUAGCACGUGCUAUUUCUAACAGUCAGCAUGUGCUGGAGAGUUUUUGGCCUUUCAGUCACUAAAACUGCACAAACAAACCAGUUACCUUCACAGGAUUUGCAAGAACUAAAAGUAUAAGUGAUAAGCUAGUGCUAGAUCUAGUAAGAAAGGAAAACUAGCAAACUAGUUGCAUGCUUAAGUCUCCCCCACUCACUUAUGUCUCAGAGGGGGGUUCAAUUGAACCCAAAGAACCACCUCUACUGGGAAUCGAAUCUCCUACAGCACGAAGGUUUGCACAGAUUCCAAAGAAGCGAGUUAUGUUUUUAGCUGUUAAAGCCAACCAAAAAGAGUAGACAUUGAAAGCAAUUAUUAUUGCCUAUAAUUAUAGAAAAGCCAGUCCAUAUAGAAAGUGCAUGCAUGCACAAUGAUGUUUGUUCUUGUUCUGCAAUAAUUAUUGGUCCCAACUAUAUAGAGGAUCGUUGAGUUUCUUGUAUAAGAUGCAUGAGCACAUAAUAAUUGUUACAUGUACCCUACACUGCUGAGGAAGUACACUGCUAAUUGUGUUAUAGUAAGUGUGUUACCUACAUGUACCUACUAGGGUACUACACUGCUGAGGAAGUACACCGUUCCAGUGAGUGUGUACCCACUGUUGAGCCGACUGCAAGACAAUAAUUAGUAUUCGCUUGUGCCUCUCAGCAAGCUAUAAACAGCUAAUAUUGGGCUCGAGGCAGGAACAUCAGCAUUGACUCAGACACCAUAAUUUAAAUAAAAUCGAGUUAGACACUCUUUUGGAGGUGUCUAUGGGAUUUAGAAGCCCAAAGGCACUGACUUAGUAUCCCGAUAUCAGUGUCCAUGUGAUUUACAAGCCCUCAGCCACUUGUAGUACCCUCGCUACGCUCGAGACAAAACAGUGUCUAGAUACUAGUGCGCAUGCGCAACCUUUCUCUCGAAGCUUGACUAUAAUACAUUUACUUGACAACGGGAUACUAGGCAUACUAAUUAAGUAAGUUGCAAGUAAGUUGCAGGUAUACUAAGUCCCAUGAUAGCAAGAGUCCAUAAGAAGGGAAGAGUGUCAAACUACUGAUACUUCUACACAAACACUAUGCACAAACUCGCACGUGAUAAAGUGUUGUAAAUUUACUAGUAAUCUCCUAGUAAAUGUGACAGUGCCAAUGAAAAGGGACCUUAACGCGGGCAUUUUCGAAUCAGUUUUUAUUGUUGAAUCAGAUAGGGCGUCCUUUAAGCUUCAAAAUGAUACCAAGAUCGACCUCCUAGCUACUUUCUUUCCGGAGAUAAUUAUGUUCGAGGGAACGCUACGAAGGUAUUGCAAUGCCCUCUUGAGUAAAUGACGCUCAAACGUCAUGAUAAUUGAAGUUCAAUUAUUGGCUUCCGGGCACUUCCGUAUACUCAUAAAGCUUAGUAAAAGAUGUUCUGGAGAAGACAAGUUAGUUAGAUGAAGGCUAGGCGUUCUAGGACUCUCUAGCUAGCUAGUAUAGCUAUGUAGCUGGAUUGCUUGGCACCUAGGAAGGAUCUUCGAAGAAAUAAAGAGACAAAGACUCCCGUCGCUCAAAUGGUGGUGGUAAGUGUCGGAGGCCUGAGAAACGCUAGUCUAUUGGCUAGAAUGUUGUUAUGGAGUGUUUAUGAGGACAAGUGGCACGGGAUACGUACAUCUAAAGAAACAAGAGUGGAUCUACGCCAAGCUAGCUAGCUAGAUAGCUGCUCUUUCUAAUCUAUUUCUGUUGCUAAAUUAUGUUUGUUAAGAAGUGGAGCUAUAAUAUACCUGGCUCCUCUUGAUGAUUGUAAGUACUGGGCUGAUGAAAUAGUCCUGUACAAGUUGUCAUCUUUUA